UUUUAUUUUACAACCAGCAGUUUUCUUAUCUUCUUAUAGAAAUAUCUGAGUGUUUCAGGCCUGCCAGCAUCCCCAGCAGUGUGGUACCACAGCCAUGAUGCCAUAGGCAUAAAACAUGGAUACUGGAGGGCCAGGCCUGCAUCAUCACACCCACAAGUUACUCGGAUGCAGGGACAAAUACAGCAGCCGCUUGUCAGAAGACUACACUUCCCGGCACGUCCCGCUCCUAUACGGAACACAUACGACUGAUGGGGGUGUGUUCGUGGCCUGUGAUGUUACCGGCCAAUCCCAGCAUGCCGCACAGCCCGCGAUACACGCUCCACACAGCGGUGGCACUGCGCUGAGCUCCGGUGACAUCACCCGCCUGCUGACCGCGGUAGCAGUUCCCGGUGCAGGUUGACAGCAGCCCAGCCGCUUGCCCCGUCUAUGCCGAUGGAAUGAUGGGGUCUUACUGAUCCUGUAGUUGUUGGGCCCAGUGAAGACUGGCACUCAGGUGGCCAUCAUGUCCUAUACUUGUUACUGAGAAGACAAGUGAGAAGCCUGACCCUAAGCAUCAUGAUCUCCAUGAUAACCGAACAAUUACAAAAACAAAGUCUGGAGGACCUGAAAUGCAAAUCUUUCAGUAUAAGUCUGCCACUGCCUGAUCAUCCAGACCCUGAGGGGUGCAGCAGUCCGUACCAUUUUGUGACAGAAGAGCGCUCCUGGGGGCUUGUCAGUCAUUGCCCAAGAAUUGAACUGGAAGACGGAAUCCGACCUGGUUGCCAUCACCUUUCCAGUCUGAGUCUUCAUUUUCCAGUUUUAAGCAGAGAGAACUCUCCAAACAGCAGGAGCCCUUCACAAGCACCUGAGGCGGGGACCUCUGCAGCACCUCCAGCCCCACCAACGAAAAGACACUGCCGCUCCUUAUCAGUGCCAGAGGACCUAUCGCGCUGGAGGCCUAUUUGGAGGCCUAGUGGUUCUAAAGUGUGGACUCCUGUUAAGAGGAGAUGUAACAGUGGUGGGGUUGGAGCAGUACUGGGAGUGCAGACUCAAAGUCCAUCCCCAGGGGUCUCCAAUCUCAGGUUCCAAAAUGACCCCAGUGCCUCUUUUCGCUGCAUCCAAGCCAACAGCCCUCCCUUCUUUAGCCUGGCUUUGUGCCGGGAGUCACCAUGUCCAUAUACCCUUUCCCCGACCACUGUAUUCUGGGAGAACGCAGAAGGGCCAAGCUGCUUUCCAUUGCAGCGCCGUUUUUCCCUUUCUCCUGUACUUUUCAAGGAUGCAGGACGGUUCCUCCCUUCAGCCAGCAGCUCCCCACCUUCCACACCAGAGCUGGUCCGGCGACAGCAGUGUAUGCCACGCAGCCAGUCACAACCUUGUGAUCUCGACACAAGGAAAUGUGGAAUUAAACGAAGGCACGAGGAAGAUACACGGUGGCAUCGUCCUUCUCUGGACUUCUACAAGAUGAACCAGAAUGCUGGUGCUAUGUGUUUCUUGGACAACUCUGAUGAAGGCAGCUCUUCUCCUUUUAUGGCUUGUCAUGGGGAGUCUCCUUGCACUUCUGGAAGUCCUGUCACAACUUGCACAUUGGCACUUAGUGAAGAAGAUAAUAUGGGGAGGAGGGAUCACUCGUCCCAUUGCUCCCAGGCAAUGCUCUUCCAGCACGACUUUGCGGACCUGGAUUUAAAUCUAAUUGAAGAGAAUUAGCACUCUCAGGAAACAUCAUACUACAAACGGAGUUCUGUUCGUAAGGUGGACGUAUGAAUGAGAGUGUCUGGGUGCCUGCUGCAGGCCUGCACCAAGAGCAUUCCACAAACCUUCUAACCUUCAUGACAGAUAGGAAUUGUUUGGGGGAAUAGGGUAUAAGGGAGUGAGCCAAAAGUUCCAAUCUAUUGCUGAAGGAGUAGCCUGAAGCAGGAUCAUCUGUACUCCCAACCUCUCAUUUCCCAGUGAUUCUGCUGGAGUUGGGAUCUCUCAUUACCGUGUUACAAAACUUUACAUAAAGGGUGCUGUGGGAUUGCUUUAUUUUUAUAUUGAUGGCUUUUGGAAGGAUGUGUUCUGCACUGCCCCAAGGGGAUCACAUGCAAAUUGAGGCAUGUGAUAAAUUCUUGUCUAAGGUGACUGUUGGGGGGGGUGGGGGGGGGGUAAAGUGGGGCUAUUAAUUCAACUAUCAAAGUGGCAAAUUUGGUUGUGCACAAAGGCUGAGGCCUUGUUUUCAAAUGAAUGCCCCAAGACCUGAGCCCAGAGCGUCAAAGCAGGAGAACCCAAUCCUGUGUGUUCCAGAAAGAACACCCUUUUAGUUCUCCAAUGCAUCCUGAGGAAGGCUGACAACAGAACAAAAAUGUUGUUUCAAUUGUUGUAGGUGUGUUUGUAUAUUUUUAUUUCAUUUUUUAUUUUAUUUUUUGUUUCUUCUGAAUAUUCGCCUGUGGCAAAUAUUCUCGAAGCGGUAUUGAAUUUGUUCUUUUAAAUUGCUGGCCAGUUAAAAGGGAGCUUCCAGGUCAUCCUGAACCUAUUUGUUGUCUGCACUGCCAUCCAAGUCUUGCAUAAAGUGAUCACCCCAAUACCUCAGACAGGUGUUAAACCUUUGUCCUGCACAUCCCGAAUCCUCCUAUAAACCCCCCCCCCCCCCCCCCCAUCUACAUGCUUUUCACUCUUCAGGAAUGUCUUUUUGGAGCGUGUAAUGAAAUGUGGGUGUUUGUAUCAUUCUUCAGCGCUGCUUCAGUCCUCAAGACAAAGAGCAGUGUGUUGAAGAUUUAUUCAGAGGAGAUAGUCAGGUUAUUCUCUUAUUUUAAAUGUUGUAUGGGAGCCAUGCAAGCAUUUAAUGUACAGCAUGCACUGUUGUACCAUAUGGACAGAAAACAGCCUAUCUAAAUCUGCAGUUACUUGUCAAAAUGGAAAACCACUAUUUUUUCUUUUUGUAUGUACAGCUCAGAAAUAAGCUAUGGUCAAGUCAUGUUGCAUCCAUAUCAAAGCGAAGAACGUAAAGCUUUAUAGGGCAGUGCCGCCACUUGAAGAUAUUAUUAUUAUUAUAAUAAUAAUUAUUAUUAUUUUUUUUAAGAAUAUGUGACCUGUCAAUAUUUCGCUAUUCCUCCUCACAGGAAAAACUACUGUGUACACGAAGAUCGGUACCUCUAGGGGGGCACAAAAUAUACUGCCAACCCCCAUUAAUGUUCUAUAGGAAAUGUUCCUAGAACUACACUACUAGUAACGCAUGUAAAGAAGAAAAAAAGUAUUUUUGCAUUUUAUUUAUUUUUUUUCUGCUGCAUUCAGACAUAUAAAUUGAGGAAGGAGAACAAAAUAAAAUGCAAUAUAUAUUACUUACUAUAGAUCCGUAGUCUUCAACCUGCAGAC